UUCCACUUGGAUUUAUUACUUAAAACUUUUGAAUCAAACCCUUAUCCAGGCAUCUCACUGAGGGAGAAGCUGUCCCAUCUCACAGGGGUGCAUGAAUCCAGAAUCCAGGUCUGGUUCCAGAACAGAAGAGCCAGGAAGAAUAAAAUGAAGGAGCCAGAAGAGGAGAAUUCUCCUGAACACAUGGAAUGGCGGCAGUGUGUCCAGCUCCCUCAGCUCAGUGAGACCCAACAUAAAAGAGAAGUCUAUCAAAUAGGACACGCUGAAAAACAUGGACACAUCCACAACAACUAUGCAUUUCCUUUCCAUCUGCUGAGCCACUUACAUAUGAGCGGUGUUGUCGGUUCCCAAAAUCACAAUUAUGGGUGGCCAAAACAUUGCCAAGCAACAACUAAAGUCGUAUCUGAAGACCCUACUGCACGGCAUUACUAUCCGCAUAUGCAGCAUGGUUCCAGCAGUCACCUACAACAGCCCACCUUCUGUUCUGAUUACUCUACAGACUCUACAGUCUUUGCCAACUCACCGGGACCUGUUGUUGGUGUAACACAGGAAUUGUCCUUACAGGACAUCUUGGAAGAGUUCCAGCCAUGCUGUGCAGAUGUCGCCAACACCUUCUCCGAUCUUACCAGUGACCUGGUCUAUGUGCAAGUGACUGGAUCCCGGUCCAUCAGCGGCAAGGUCAGGAGGAGGCGCACAGUGUUCAGCCGAUUCCACUUGGAUUUAUUACUUAAAACUUUUGAAUCAAACCCUUAUCCAGGCAUCUCACUGAGGGAGAAGCUGUCCCAUCUCACAGGGGUGCAUGAAUCCAGAAUCCAGGUCUGGUUCCAGAACAGAAGAGCCAGGAAGAAUAAAAAGAAGGAGCCAGAAGAGGAGAAUUCUCCUGAACACAUGGAAUGGCGGCAGUGUGUCCAGCUCCCUCAGCUCAGUGAGACCCAGCAUAAAAGAGAAGUCUAUCAAAUAGGACACGCUGAAAAACAUGGACACAUUCACAACAACUAUGCAUUUCCUUUCCAUCCGCUGAGCCACUUACAUAUGAGCGGUGUUGUCGGUCCCCAAAAUCACAAUUAUGGGUGGCCAAAACAUUGCCAAGCAACAACUAAAGUCGUAUCUGUAGACCCUACUGCACGGCAUUACUAUCCGCAUAUGCAGCAUGGUUCCAGCAGUCACCUACAACAGCCCACCUUCUGUUCUGAUUACUCUACAGACUCUACAGACUUUGCCAACUCACCGAGACCUGUUGUUGGUGUAACACAGGAAUUGUCCUUACAGGACAUCUUGGAAGAGUUCCAGCCAUGCUGGGCAGAUGUCGCCAACACCUUCUCCGAUCUUACCAGUGACCUGGGCUAA